CAUCACCAAAAUUUGCAGGGGCGCCAAUUGCAUACAUUCCACCAAGGCAAGUGAGCACAAAGGCAAAUCGACUUGAAGUCGAUUGGCCAGUAAGUAGAAAGCUUGCACGCCCUUGCUCUGCUCUGUGUUCCAGAUGCUAUUGCUACUCAAAGUCCAGAGCUUGGCGGCUCGAGGUCUUCUGCACAUCUAAAAUUCCAGCUGUUGUGCUGCCAAAUGUGCCACUUCACUCCCAUGCAUGUAAUAGGGAGUUGUGUUUGCUCCAGGCGGCUGUGGGAGACGGCGGAGUCGGCAAACGGCGCUAGGGUGGUCGGCGUCGUGGGAGCGGCGCAUGUGCCGGCAAUUCGCAGCAUGUGGUCCGAGGCCGGCACGCCGCAAUUUGAGCACCUGUGCGAGGCGUACAUGACAGUUCCUCAGCAGCCGCGCCUUGGCUUCUCCACCACGCUGCCAACCAUCGCUACUGGUGAGCAAUGUUUUUUUUUAGCGGCUUGCGCAAGCCAACGUGGCCUGUAACAAUUUAAAGGGGUGGACUUGUGGCCAUUUGCAGGCCUUUACAUGUGCGUUUGGAAUCCACAAAAAGGACUUGAAUUACUCCCAACCCGCGCAAAAGCCACACUUUGCCCUUUCUGACCCAAAAUGUCCUGAAAACCACCAGUUUUAGCUAAAAUUCUCCCUCAAAUCUCAUGUCCAGCCAAGCUCAUGGCUUUUGCCAAUUCAUUGAACCUCUUUGGGAGUGGGGCUGAAAUCACCCGCUCUAAUGUAUGCACCGCUUUGCUGGAGUGUUAGCGGUUCUCUCUGCUGUAAGAAGUUUGUCAGCAGUUUGGUCAGCUGUGCAUCAGGCUCACAAGCAGGGUUUCUUUUAGUGGCGUUCUGAAGCCGAUGAGGCUUUUCCCAAUUAAACAAGCAGUUUUUUUUGGCGUUCUGGCCACUGUCUGGUGCACACUUUGAGGGCACAUAUCGGCGCUAUUAAAAAAAUAAGAGGUGCAGGAAUCUAAAUACUCCCCUGUGUAAGCUUCAGCAACCCCUGAAAAACCUCAUUUUUGCUGAAAAAUAUCGUCAAACUCCUGAUUUCUGCCACCUCUGUGGCUUCAGCCAAAGUUUCCAAGGAUUGGAUGGAAGCCACAUCGGCUAUCAGCAUCUUUUGAGAAACACUGCUGACAAGUCCUGUCGCUGCAGGUGCGCUGCUGGGCUAUAUCACAUGGAAGCGGCCGAAAUUGGCGCUGACAAUGGCG